AUUUUUAUAAGCCGGGCUUAUCCAUUACAACAUUAUAUAUACCUUAGCUGACCCAUCACCAACCACUUAGCCCAACCAAUCAUCCAAGAAAACACAAACAACUUCCUCUUCUUUACAACAAUAUCUUUCUCUCAAUGGCAACAAGAAAAUUCCUCUAUCUUGCUGGUGGUGAUCAAAGAAUAAACCCGGUGGAUACCAACACCUUCGAGAUGAACGAAUCUGACCUAUGGAACAACGGUGGUGGUGAGGAUCAUUCAAACGAGUUUCAUAAUCCUAGAAGAUCAAAGUUUCCAUUGAAACCUCAUCAACAAAAAAAACUACCUAUCAAGGCGACCGCGGCAAAGUCAUUGCCCGUUAAUGUUCCCGACUGGUCGAAAAUUUUAAGAGAUGAGUACAAACAUCAUGAAAAGAUAGACGAAGGUGACGAUGAUGACGACGACAACAACUACGAGAAGCUGCCGCCACAUGAGUAUUUAGCAAGGACUAGAAUUGCUUCAUUUUCGGUUCAUGAAGGAGUUGGAAGAACAUUAAAAGGUAGAGAUUUGAGUAGGGUUAGAAAUGCUAUUUGGAAGCAAACCGGUUUUGAACAAGAUUAAAGAGUAAUUAAUGGUGUGACACCAUUCAAAUUAUAUUUUAAAUCAGAUCGAAGAUGAAGGUGUCAUGUGUAUCAAGAGAUGAUAUUAAGAACGUUUAGUAAUAAUUAAUUAAGUUAACAUUAACCGAUCGGUGAUUUGUAAGUCUAACAUUAUGGAUGUUAAUUUCUCUCGUAAAUCGAAGAGUAAAUAAUUUCUCAUUUUCAACAUGUAUGUUGUGUAAUAUUUCAUUUUUUUUUAA